UGAACACAUUAAGAGCGCGUGCAGUACCUGUGCAUCUGUGCAGCUCGUCCGCUUUGUAAACAUGGCACGUGCGUUCGGUUUGGUGACCGUCGGCGCGUGUGUCCUGGCGCUCGCGGUGGCCUGGAUCUCCUACCGGCUUAUACGGAACUUCCUGCGAAUGUGGAACGUUCUGAAGCCCGUGCCGAGCAUCGGCGUGGCCUACCCUCUCCUGGGGCACGCGCUGCAGCUCAAGUCCGGAGCCGGAGAGUUUUUUUGUCAGAUGGUCGGAUUCGCGGACGAGUUUCGGAACGCGCCGCUACUGAAGGCGUGGCUUGGACCCCUGCCCUUUUUGUUCCUGUACCAUGCAGAGACCGUGGAGCGGGUUCUGAAUAACUCUGUGCACAUGGAUAAAGCUUAUUCUUAUACCUUUUUGCACCCCUGGCUCGGAACUGGGCUGCUGACCAGUACAGGGACUAAAUGGCGGAGCAGGAGAAAGCUCCUCACUCCCACCUUCCACUUCUCCAUCUUGACUGAUUUCCUGGAGGUGAUGAACGAGCAGGCUGUGGUCCUUGUGGACAAACUGGACAAGCAUGCAGGGAAAGAGCCAUUCAACUGCUUCAGCCACAUCACACUAUGUGCUCUGGACAUCAUCUGUGAAACAGCCAUGGGGAAAAAGAUCUAUGCCCAGAGCAACCAGGACUCAGAAUAUGUGCGGAGUGUCUACCGGAUGAGUGACCUUAUCAGUAAGCGCCAGCGGAUGCCAUGGUACUGGCCGGACGUUGCUUUCCAUUACUUCGGUGAUGGCAAAGAGCACGACCGCUGUCUGAAGAUCCUGCACUCCUUCACUGAGAGUGUUAUUCGUGAGAGAGAGAGGUAUGCAGUCCACCACAUGGAGUCCGACAGAGGAACUGAUCAGGGAAAGAAGAAGAGGCAGGCCUUCCUGGAUAUGCUUCUGAAGACGACGGACGAAGACGGGAACAAGUUGACACACCGAGACAUCCAGGAGGAAGUGGACACGUUCAUGUUCGAGGGACAUGACACUACAGCAGCUGGUAUGAACUGGGCUGUUCACCUGCUGGGGGCUCAUCCUGAUAUACAGAGGAGAGUUCAGCAGGAGCUGUAUGAAGUGUUUGGUGACUCUGACCGGCCUAUCAGCAGUGAGGACUUGAAGAAGCUGCGUUACCUGGAGUGUGUGAUUAAAGAGGCGUUGCGCAUCUUCCCCUCCGUGCCCUUCUUCGCUCGUACCAUCUGCGAAGACACGCAAAUCAAUGGCUACAAGGUGCCUAAGGGUGUAAAUGUAAUUGUAAUGACAUACGCACUGCACCGUGACCCACGAUUCUUCCCUGAGCCUGAGGAGUUUCGUCCUGAGCGCUUCCUGCCUGAGAACAUGGCAGGACAAACCCCUUACUGCUACAUCCCCUUCUCUGCGGGCCUGCGCAACUGCAUCGGUCAGCGUUUUGCUCUGAUGGAGGAGAAGGUGAUUCUGGCCUCCAUCUUGCGCUCUUUCAACAUUGUCUCAUGUCAGACGAGGGACGAGCUAAAGCCACAUGGAGACCUUAUCCUCAGACCUGAGAAGGGCAUCUGGAUCACACUGCAAAGGAGACGCUGUUAAUGUGUAUCCAAGAUCAGGUUUUAAUGAACCUAUGAAAAUUUCAUGCAAAUGAAUGAGGUCUUUUUAAAUUAACUUUACUUACAAGCUCAGAAUUUGGUUUAUAAGGUUGUAAUGAUAAAAAAUAAUACCAAAUAAAAGAUAUAGGGUGUGCGCGUGUGUGUGUCUCAAGAAACGUCCCCAGUUGUCAUUAAUCAACAAAUCUGAACAAUUUUGUUGAAAAGUGAAAAACAACUAAACUUCCGGUCACAAAGUUUCCUUAGAUUUGUGAGAAGUCGUACUGUACAGCUGUAAUGUGUGUCUUCCUCCACAGGGAGGAAGUGCUGACAUGCAUUUACACACACAGAGUUUAUCAUGAGGAAGAUGAUCAGCAGUUGUGUUGGUCAUUAUUUCAGCACCAAACGUAUAGUUCACUCCUUCACAUCUGGCUGGAAACAAGUCACCAUUUUGAAGUGCAAACAGUCCUGUACAGCAUGCAUCAACAUUCCACAUCCGUAAUAUGUUGAGUGCUUAUAUGUGCUUUCAUAGUAAAUGAUGUGUGUUAGACUAGGGAGAGAGAACAGGAGGCCCCUAACCCUAACCCUGCCAUAAACGUUCCUGCCAUAAAUGUUCCUGCCAUUAUUGUUCCAUGUGCUAAAAGGAUGGGAACUUUAGGGGAACUUGCUGAGGUGACUGAGAGGUCACCUAGACACAAAUGCACGUACACACACACACACACACACCAGGCCACACAAGCACACAUCUAGGGUACAAAAGGGAAAGCUGAAUCACUAAACUUUGCCUCUUCACUGUGUAGACUUGACACUCUACACUGUAUGGAAGAUGCCUUUUGCUGCAGCAAAAUAAAAUUCCUUUUUUAAUUCUGUGCUUUUAACACCA